AAUGGUUGGUUCCAGUCUCUGGCUGUUUGAGUCAACAUGGCGGCCCGUUGCUUAGUACAAAUUGUUAUAAGAUUCUAACCUUAAUUAAACAAGCGUCUUACUGAUUUAUUGUUUAUCGUACACACUUGUUUGCAUACUUUAUAUAUUUACACACCGAUAAACAUGUCGGAUUCGGAGGAAGAGAGUCAGGAGCGGCAGCUGAAGAUGGUGUUAAUCGGAGACGGAGCUUCAGGAAAGACGUCACUCGCCACUCGUUUCGCGCAGGAAGCUUUUGGGAAGCAGUACAAACAGACGAUAGGGCUUGAUUUCUUCCUCAAGAGAAUCACACUACCAGGAAACCUGAAUGUGACUCUGCAGGUGUGGGACAUUGGAGGACAAACGAUUGGAGGAAACAUGCUGGAUAAAUAUGUAUAUGGAGCUCAUGGUGUCUUAAUGGUGUAUGACAUCACCAAUUCUCAGAGUUUUGAGAAUCUAGAAGACUGGUACGGUGCGGUGAAAAAAGCAAAUGAAGAGUCAGACACACAACCUGUUAUAGCACUGGUGGGCAACAAGAUUGAUCUGGAGCACAUGAGGACGGUAAAACUGGAUAAACACCAGCGUUUCUGCCAGGAGAAUGGCAUCAUCAGCCAAUUCGUAUCAGCCAAGACUGGAGACUCGGUUUUCCUCUGUUUUCAGAGAGUGGCAGCUGAGAUUCUGGGAAUUAAACUGAAUAAAGCAGAAAUAGAACAGUCCCAGCGGAUCGUUCGAGCUGAGCUGGUGGAUUAUUCUCAAGAAGAAGCAUCAGUUAAUCACGGGACCAAUCAGAGCAAGAUCUGCUCUGUUCAAUGACAAAAGAAGGGUGGUGAAGGCCGACAUAGUAAACUACAGUCAGGAAUCGGUGGCUCGGACAGUCAACGCUCCACGCAGCUCCAUGUGUCUUAUACAGUGAUCGACACAGCAACAUCUUUCUUUCUUUCUUUCUUUCUUUCUUUCUUUCUUUCUUUCUUUCUUUCUUUCUUUCUUUCUUUCUUUCUUUCUUUCUUUCUCUCUCUCUCAAUUUAUUAAGACACUGCAACCAGCAAAAUGCCACACACACACACACACACACAUGUAUACAUAUACACACACACUUAUUAUUUUGUUAUCUCGUUGUGUGUGUGUGUGUGUGUAGGUCUACAUCAGUAGAUUUCAGCAUUUGUAAAUGCCACUUUCCUAAUAUGCAUGUCUAUAAUAAUAAAAGUGUUUAGGGGAAAGUAAAAACGUGUGCGUGUAUGUGUGUGUGUGUGUGUGUGAAACUGAACCAUGCUAGCCGUUUACGCUUUCUUUAUUUUGCCAAUUUAAGAUGGAUUGCAUGAGCAGAUCUUCACACUUUUUUUCCCCCAGGAAUAAUGGAGUGUGUGAGGUGACAACACUGGCUGUGUCCCAAACGCUAGUGUUUGAUUCUUAUUAGAAUCCACUCUCAAAUAUUUGGGUUUAGUUUGACACUUUUUUUUUUUUUUACGUAAGUAUUGCAGCCUGCCAGCUAUUCGGCUGUUUAGUGGUUGCAGUAUGAUGUAUGACCUCCAGUUGUGUUACUGGGAACAACUUAAUGAAAGCAAUGAUGAGGUGAGAACGCCGAGAUUGUCCUGACGCUUAUAAGCUAGAACGGAUACGACAUCAGGCAGCUUGCUAAACCAGCUGUUAUAGCCAGAAAACUAAAUAGUACAAGCUAACUGCAGUAUGCUAUCCAUGACGGCGUCAUUAGUAGAGAAUUUAGUAGUAGAGUAGUAAAUAGUAGAGAACUUGUAAUUUCCAACUUGUAAUUCCACCACUACAUGAAUGCCCUGCAACUAUUUAAUUAAAAACAGUCAUGAAGCUACUUCUUGAUCUUAACACUAAUACUCCUGCACUGCAUUAUGGGUAAAAAACCAAACCACACAAUCCACCAGCCACCAGCUUAACCAUAACCAUAUGAACGAUGUCAAGUAUGUAAAGUAACUAUUAUCAAGUUUUAUCAGAAUGACCGAUGAUGGUAAGAGCUCUCAGAUGCUCAGGCUAAUUAGCAGUGGAUAUUAAAAUAAUUAAAGCGAUGAUGAUGAUGAAAUAUGAGAAUGCAGCUAGAUUGAUAGACGUAUACUCGGUGCUGGAUUUCUGAGAGCUUUCAGCUGUGAAAAGUGUGUGUGUGUGUGUGUGUGUGUGUGUGUGGAGUACCUCAAAAGCUUCUUUGUGAACCAAAAAAUGAUGAGACCAAGGAUUUCAUCAACUAGGUGAUUUUUAUUUUACUCUUUCUAAAUGACUUUUCAUUCCAUUACCAAAAUAUUCCAGAAAUAUCUAUAAAAGAGGGACUUUUAUUUUUCCAAAUAUAAUAAAGUCUAGAUUUAUUCCAGAUUACAGUGAUGACCAAAUUAUUUUUUUUAAUUUUUUUUUUUAAUUUUUUUUUAUUAUAAAAACAAUUUGGGGAAUUUUUUUAUUUUAUAAACUUUAAUAAUAUAAAUAGAACCAUAGCAUCAUAAGGUAUUCUUUUAAGGAAUCUUUUUUUGUUUUUUUAUUAACAAACAUUUGUGUAUAAACUGUGUUCAUCAAAUAUGAGACCUACAUUUACACGUGAUAAAAGGGUCUCAGAAUCAACAUUUCGUUUCGUUUUUUAUGUUCACAACUUACAAAAUCUACAAAACAUCUGGAGAAAUAUAUUUUGUACAAAAUAUUCACACAUCAUUGACUUUUAAUUUACAGGCUAAUCUAUCCAACCAUUUUCUAUACCCGCUUUAUUCAUAAUUAGGGUCACGGGGAACACGCCACACAUUGGGCGAAAGGCAAGGGUACAGGUUGCCAGUCCAUCACAGGGCCACACAACCACAUACACUCAUGGGCAAUUUAGAAUUACCAAUCAACCUAACGUACAGGUUUUUGGACUGUGGGAGGAAACCAGAGUACCACGCAGGCACCGGGAGAACAUGCCGACUCCCCACAGAAAGGUCCCUGCCUGUUCGAACGCGGGAUUCAAACCCAGGACCUUCUUGCUGUGAGGCAACAGUGCUAACCACUAAGCUACCGUGCUGCCUCAAGCUAAUCUAUUUGUAAGCCAAUUUUUUUUUCAACCAGCCUGUCUAUAUUAAUAAAAUUCACUUCUUUCAGUUCCAAACUCUCGUAAUGUCUACAAAGAACUUAUAUUUUUUGUUACACAACAUUAAUAAUGAAUAACAAGUUUUGUUAUUCACAAGUUUUUGUUUUCAUUUUUUUAAAAUCUUCAAACUUGUACCAAUUUUCAUUUAUUUAUGUACAAACCAUAUAACAUUCCACUAUUUUAUUAUUUUUUUUGUUAAAUACACAAAAUAUAAUAUCUAUCUACUAAGGACAUUUCCAAACUGUAAACUUUUUAAAUCAGAAUUUUACUCAAAUUAAAUAAUUCAUUUUUUUAUUAUUAUUUUUAUUAUUAUUAUUAUUAUUAGUUAUAUUUGUAUGUUGCAGUAUAUAGAUGAGAUUCUGUGAUCUGAUGCUGAUGUCAAAUUAUUUGUGUAUUUGUGCUUCAGAUGCAUUUCUUUAAACGGAAAUAUAAAGUGGUAAAUGGAUCCCAGUGACUUUGUCCUGUGUUGAAAAUAUAAUGUAUAUUUAGCAAAGUCGACUCUUAUUAAAGUGUUCAAUCACAUCGCCUU